AUGGCAGACAAGCCCAACGAAAAAGCCGAGGCUGCUGCGCCCGUGGCCGAAGCCGAGCAAGCUUCUACCCCCGACGCCCAGCCUGAUGAGCAGGAAUCGGGUGCCAAGGACACGCCCAAGCCCGACGACGCGGAAGGCGCCAAGGAGAACGCAACGAACUCUGAGGAAUCCGGAGCACCCGACAACGGCGAAGAAGCCACCGAAGACGCGACCGAUGAGCCCGCCAAGGGGCCGGAAAAGCCUGCCGCCGACGCGGACGUCGAGAUGAAGAACGCUCCCGAAGACGCCGCGCCCGAGGCUGAGCCGGCCGCCGCCGCGGCACAAACCCCCGCUAGCAAGGCCAAGAGCUCUCGCCGCAAGUCGGGCGCCGGCGAAUCCAAGGGCAAGGCCCUGAAUAAAAAGGGCUCCAAGGCGCGGCUCACACACAUUGAUGCCCAGCCCGGCGACCACUUCUUGGUGAAGCUGAAAGGCUUCCCCGCGUGGCCCGCCAUCAUCUGCGACGAGACAAUGCUCCCGGCAGCCCUCAUCGGCAGCCGCCCUGUCUCUGCCGCUCGACCAGAUGGAAGCUACUCCGAGGCCUAUGCCGACGGAGGCAAGCGAGUCCACGACAGAAGCUUUCCUGUCAUGUACUUGUACACCAACGAGUUUGGCUGGGUCCAGAAUACUGCCCUCUCCGAGCUCUCGGCCGACAAGGCCAAGGAUACCAUCACCGAAAAGAUGCGCAAGGACCUAAAGGCCGCCUUUGAGCUCGCCGCCGAGCACCAUGCCGUCGAUCACUACAAGCAGAUACUUAAAUCUUUCCAGGAGGAGCAGAUUGCUCAGGAGGAAGCCCGCAAGCAGGCCGCGGCCACGCCCAAGAAGUCGAAGAAGGGCAAGGGAAAGGCGACCGACGACGACGAGGCCGCCGAUGUAGAGGACGCGGAUUUGGCCCCCAAGUCGGCCAUGUCCAAGAAGCGAAAGGCCGAAGAAGAUACCAGCACUCCGCAGCGACCCGACUCCGUCAAGAAGCCGAAGAUUAAGCUUAACACGUCAUCUACGCCAAAGACGGUGAAACCUAAGAAGGCCAAGGAAGGUGGCGAGAAGAAGGUCGAGACGCCCAAGGAAGCAAAGAUGACUCCAGAGGAGCGCCGCGCCCGCAAGGAGAAAGAGGUCUUGUAUCUCCGCCACAAGCUCCAGCGAGGUCUCCUGACCAGAGAGCAGCAGCCCCGGGAAGACGAAAUGAAGUCCAUGUCAGACUACAUCUCUGUGCUCGAGAACUUUGUUGAUCUCGAGGUCUCCAUCAUCCGGGCUACCAAGAUCAACAAGGUGCUCAAGGCGAUCCUCAAGCUGGAGUCGGUCCCGCGCGAGGAGGAGUUUGAGUUCAAGAAGAGAUCGCAGGCGCUGCUCGACAAGUGGAACAAACUCCUUGCCGGCGACGCGUCGGGGCCUCCGUCUGCCACGACUAACGGCGUGAACGGGGCCGGCGAAGAGAAGAAGUCGGAGGCCAACGGCGUCAAAGACGGGGCAGAAGAGACUACAAAGGACGAGCCCGAGAAGGCCCCUCAGCCCAAGACGGAGGAGACGGUCGCCGACGAGGGCGGGGCUGAAAAGUCGGGCGCUGCGGAAGAAAAGGAAGAGAAGUCGGGCGCUGCCGAAGGAACUGCCCCCGAAGUGGUUGCAGCCGAAGAUUAA